AUGGAGAAUGCGGUUCCCGAAUUUGCUCGCCGUUUGUACAAAGAGUGGCGUGAUUUCACAGCUGAACCAGUCGAAGGCAUCCAGUUAAUGCUCAAUGAGCAAGAUAUGACGGAAGUUCAAGUUGUACUUGAUGGUCCAGUUGGUACCCCUUAUGAUGGUGGCAAAUUCCGUCUGAAGAUGUUGAUUCCUAUGCAGUAUCCGAUGGAACCACCGAAGGCUUACUUCUGCACGAAAAUUUUUCACCCAAACAUAGCACCAAACACCGGAGAGGUUUGCGUAAACACACUGAAGAAGGAUUGGAAAUCCAAUUUGGGACUCCGACAUAUCCUUUUAACUAUAAGGUGUUUGUUGAUAGAACCGAAUCCAGAGUCAGCUCUUAAUGAGGAAGCUGGAAAGUUGCUAUUAGAAGAUUACGGUGAAUUUGUGGCAGAAGCUCGGCUCCUCACAGAAGUACAUGCUUACUGGCAUGUUCGGGAACAAACAAAAGUCGGUAGUCAGAAGUUGCAUCAAGACGACCAUGCAAGUGUCGAUAUGUCAGGUAAUUCGACUGAUGCGCGUACACAUUCUAAAGUGACACAACGCAAUAACUCGUCAUUUCGUAAAGCGCUCAAACGGUUGUAG